AUGCCUACAUCUCUGCAUCCCCAGGCUAAAUUUGACCCUAUCCCUCCCGAUCUCGAUCUGUACGGCCUAGUCGACCGAACGCCCAAUUUCAAAUGGGUGCAGCGAGUGUCAAGGACCCAGAUUCGCCAUCUGGGUCAACAAGAGUUCGAGAAGGUGGUCAAGAUGCAUGUCAUAGAGGGAGGCAAGCCCCUCGUGGUCGAUGGCUGGGACACGGCAUUCCCUAAGGGUCUGUUCAGUGCCCGCUGGCUCCAAGACAAUUACGAUAAGAAGCAAGAAAAUGUUCGCGACAUUGGUACCAGCACGGACAUGCCUAUGACCACUGGGCACUAUCUCCGAUCAAUGAAGCUCCUCACAAAUCAGUGGACGCCAGACAACUUCCGCGAUGAGCGCCGCCAACGCCUAUAUCUCAAGGACAUCGACUGCACUCGGGAAUGGCGCGACGCGCUGGAAAAGGUCGUCCAUCCUAGCCUGUUCUACCUCAACGAGAAUGUCAAUAGCCACAGCAAUCGACGAAACACGAAUGAGGACGACGACGACGACGAUAUGACACCCGAUCAGCCCGCAGCACCAGCUGGAGAUCUCAUGUCUAGCUUACCGGAAGAGAUGCGAGCUCAGAACCUGAUGUGCUACAUUGGCCAUGAAGGCACCUAUACCCCUGCUCACAGAGAGAUGUGUGCAUCGCUGGGUCAGAACAUCAUGGUUGAGGCUUCUGGCGAUACAGAUGGCGAGAAGCCCGGGAGCUCGUUAUGGUUCAUGACUGAAAGCAAAGAUCGGGAAGUCGUCCGAGAAUAUUUUCUCUCCAUGCUGGGGCACGAUAUCGAGAUUGAAAAGCACUUUGCCCAGAUCAAUGCUUGGAAAAAGGCGCCAUUCGAUGUUUACAUUGUCGACCAGAAGCCCGGCGACUUCAUCCUCAUCCCGCCCCUGGCUGCGCAUCAAGUUUGGAACCGCGGGACGCGCACCAUGAAAGUGGCCUGGAACCGCACGACGGUUGAGACUCUAGACUUGGCGCUGCACGAGGCUCUCCCCAAGGCUCGACUGGUGUGCCGCGACGAGCAGUACAAGAACAAGGCUAUCGUCUACUUCACCUUGUCUAAAUACUGCCAGCAGCUCCAAAGCCUAGAGGAAAAGGCCGAGUUGACACAGAUGAACUUCUUGGGCAUCGGCCAGGACAUUGUCCGAAACUCACCCCGGGCACGACAACUGGCUGAGGACUUCAAGGAGUUGUUGGAUCUCUUCAAGGAGAUUCUGGUGAAUGAAAUGUUUGCCACUCCCGAAAAAGACGUCGAGUACCUCGAGUUCGACUCUUGCGUCACCUGCUCCUACUGUCGGUCAAACAUCUUCAACCGGUUCCUCACCUGCAAACACUGCGUUCGCACGCUGAUCACAGGUGACGAGGACGCUUAUGAUGUGUGCAUGGAAUGCUAUGCCAUGGGUAGGUCGUGCCUCUGCAUGUCAAAGCUUCAAUGGUGCGAGCAAUGGCAGUGGUCCGAUCUCGUCAACAACUACGAGACCUGGCGCGCCAUGGUCAUUCGCAACGACGGGUACAUUGACUUUGAUACCUCCCCGCAGCCCCUCGAGGUAGCGAAGCAGCUUGCGAGUAAAAAGUCGGCGGCCCAAGUUUGCCAGGAAGCCCUCAAGCGUCGUCCGUGGAAGGACAUUACGAAACCGGAGCGUGAGAAGACGCCGAGUGAUUCUGAACAAGAUGCGGUAGAGAAGAAUGCAGCCAAGAAAAAGAACAAGCGCAAGAAGAAAAAGGGCGACAUUCGCAAAUGCCACGUCUGCUGCCACAAGGAUUACAGUUACCGCGUUCAGGAAUGCACCAACCCUGAUUGCAAGGAAGCAUAUUGCUUCGGCGUACUAUACCGAGGAUUCGACAUGCUGCCACAGGAGGUGAUGGAGAACGAACUGUGGCAGUGCCCAAAGUGCCUGGGCAUAUGCAGUUGUGCACAGUGCCGUCGUCGAGGGAUUGGGAAUCCGUACACGCCAAAGAAUACUUCCUUGGGGCAUGAUACACGCGCGAUUGCCGACGAUAGAAGCAUCGAGGCUCUUGUCGACUUCCGUGUGCACAAUCUGGGCUGGCUCAAGGCCGCAGGGGAGGACAGCCGGAGCAAAGACAGCAAACGGAUGCAGAGGCUCCGCGAACAAGCCGACACGGCCAAGGCGCAAGACGCGACGGAAGAUGGCGGUAACGAGACUCAAGACGUCAUAAAUAGUCAAGCCUCUUACGGUGCAUUUGUAGACGGCUACGGCGACCAACGGCACGUCUUCGAAGGCCAGGAUAGCCCCGGACUCACGAGUACUAAAAACGCUCCCGAGGCUCCUGAGGAGUUGGAAGCUCCCCUGCCCUUCACGGAAACAACUGAUGACGAUACAAUCUUCCAGAACGGGGAGGAAGGGGAUAUGUCUGCGUAUCCUGAUCCUGUACUGAUGCAUCAACGCAUUGGAUUGGGAUAUUUCGAUAAGGACGAGACGUCGGAGAAGAUCUUGUUCGAUCACUACGAAGUACCGACUGCCGAGGGUCUCAGGUUUGAUCAGCCAGACGAGUCUGAGUUUAUGAAGAAAUCGAUACGUGCGGCGAAAAAGCGCGCCCGCCAGGAUGAGGAGGAUCCUGAGUUCGUUGUGCGCAAGUGGAGGAAACGGCGCCGAACCUCGGAGAGAGACGGUGUCGCGCCAACUGCUAACGACGGCGACGCGAAUGAUAACAACAUGGACCCUGCCUUGUUCAACCUGCAAGGAUCUGCGCCUGCGGCGCCUAAGGAGCCUAGCAACGGCUUGGAGUCAGGGCAGCCACCUGUGACACAUGAGAGUCUUGACGGUGCAGAAGAGUCGACCAAAGGCCAGCCGGCCCCUGUAUAUGACGCCAAUGAGCCUGCACUCCGCCACGCGAGGCCUCGGCAUUCCUAUACGGACUUGGAUGAGCCCGAAAUCAAUGCGUUUGAUGAGGACGACAUUGUUAUCCGGAACACACAGGUCAAGAGCGCAGCCGAGCUGGCGUCAGAGGCCUUCAAGCGCGCGCUUGGAGAGACUGGAUUUUCCGCUGGGAACGGACCUGCGGGCGAGGGCUCGCCGGCUGCUGAUGGUCUAAAGGUUGUGCGACGAGGACCAGGUCGACCCCCAGGCCCAAGGCCGGCGCCAGCUGCCGCUGUUCCCAUAGCGGCCGAGCCAACAGUCAUGUCGCACACGCGCAGCGGCCGAGCCGUCAAAUCGACCUUGCCAAGUAACGCGUUGGUGGCGGAUGAAGACGCAAAGGCCUCUGGAACCAAACUAGCUCGCCGUAAAAGGUCGAGAUGGUCUGGCGUCACUAAGAUUGGGCGAGGAGUCAACGAGGAGGACGAAUCUAACGAAGGCACCGAGGAGCCUACAGACGAUGAGACAGGAGAGUCUUCAUAUCGGGCUCCCAAGGUUUCGAAUGGCACGGGCCGCAGAGGACGUCCACGCAAGUCAGAAGCGGCCGUGGCGCCUGCUGAUAGCGACGAUCCCUUCGCCUCGCCGCCGGCCGCAGUCAUGCCAAGCUCGGCACAGGGUCCUCGUCGUCGAGGCCGCCCUCGCAAGUCAGAACCAAUUGCGCCACCGAACAAGGACGUUGAAGAAGACAACGAGAGUGUGCUCGCGGUCGAGAGUGCGGGAGAAGACGCUACGCCUACGGCCGCCAAGGGGACCAGGCCUAGAGGCCGACCUCGAAAAUCGGAGGUGGCCGAGCCUGCAGUCAAAGCUGAGACACCGACUGCGUUCAUGUCGAUGAAGGAACAUAUGAAGCUCAAGGGCAGGAAGUUCAAGAUUGGUACGCGGUACGAGAUGGGACUGAAGACAGAGAGGAGACUGAUGCUUCGCCCCCGCCUCCUGGAGGAGCAAGCGGUAGCGAAAGCGACCGAAGCCCUCCGCCGCCUGGUCCCUCGUCCCGGGUGUUCGCGCCAUCUGGCCGAACCGUGGUUCGACUUGGUGAAUACAGCGAUGCGUCUGACUUUGAGGACGAAUUGGGAAAGGCACAGGCACAGAGCGACUCGAGCGACGACGAUGACAUCCCGGCCGAGGCAGCGCCUCGUGUUGCCCCAGCAUCUCGAGGACGAGGUGGAACAAGGGGACGGGGGCGUGGACGAGGACGAGGACGAGGACGAGGGAGAGGGAAGGGUUGAGAUUGGGAGGAGAGAUGUGAUGCUUGUAAUACCCAAAUUUUGCCUCAGCCGCGACGCGUUACCUUGGGAUUCUUUGAUCAUCGUCAUCAUCAUGUCGAAUGGAAGAGCAUGA